UGCUGCCUGGGACGUUACGGUAACUUGCACCAACAUAUGGCUCCUCUCCACUCAGAGCGCAGUGAGGCCAGGGAGCCUUUGCGAGGGAACUACUGCUGCUCAAAGGACCGGCUAUCCGCUCGCACUGGGACAUUUAUCGCUGUUUAACUCGCCUAUUGUUGCGCUCUUUUCUCUCUCAGACAAGUCCCACUGCCAGGAACAUCUCUUGUGCCACUACAGUAAACACACAGCCAGGCGCACUCUCAUCCACAGCCAAGCGCACUAUAAACACAGCCAAGCGCACUCUCAUCCACAGCCAGGCGCACUUUUAAAGACUCUCUCCCGAUUAUUGCAGAGGCUGAAGGAAGUCCGAUAGGUGCAGCACCCAGCAGUGACUGAGAUUGAUCCCCAGAGCGCUACAUCUGCAUUUGGAAUCUCGAAUUUGGAAUUUGGAGCGCAAGAUGAAGGCUGAUCGAGCGGGGCGCACAGAUCAGAUGUUCGGCGCUAUGGCAGACAUCCUGGGAUCUUUUGGACUUCCAAGCCACCAGUGGCUUCCAGACUCAGCCCCUGAGCACAGUAGAAAUGAGGAAAAGACAGACGGAGAGAAUUCCCCAGAUGGAGAGGAAGAACAACCUAAUGUGGACCCAGCUCAUACAGCUUCCAGUCUACAAGUUCCUACUGAUAGCACGUGCCCUGGGAUGGGCAGAACCAGACGCCUCUCAGACUUCCGUGCGUGGAUUGGAGAAAACUUCUUUCAUACUUCAGAAGAAGAAUCCUACUCUAUUGCUGGCAGUGAUGGGAGCAUAUCAGCUUCCGUGGCUUCCAUCCAACCACAACCUUCAACUAGUUCAGCACCCAGUUCCCCUGGAUCCAGGAGGUCAGUCAGCACCUUGAAAAAAUGGCUGACAAACCCAGUCAGGAAGCUGAGCAGUGGCAGCCAUCUAGAACGACAGAGUAAGAAAAUUGAAAGCAGGCCAAAGAGAGGCAUAACAGGCCGGAGAAGGAGUGCAGAUGAUGGAGGCAGGAGGAGUUUUGAUCUAGGAGUCUUGCGGAAAAUGGAUGAGUUUCGCCAUCCUGAGGACAAGGGUUCGGAAUGGAAGGAACAGGAUCACCCUGAUCAGUUGCCUGACCUAUCAAUAUUAAAUGAUUUGCUACAAGGAGUAACCACAGAACCCAACAAUAAGGAUCCCCACACAUCCUACCUCUCAGAUCCUACGGAUUCUUCUGCGUCAGAGCUAUCUGUUACCCCCUCCUUCCCCCCAGCAGAAACAGAAGAAGAAAAGAAGAGUGCCUUAGAAAAGAGUAUGUAUGUUUUGAUGGAACUUGUAGAAACAGAAAAGAUGUACGUUGAAGACUUGCGUCAAAUAGUGGAGGGUUACAUUGCCACUAUGACCACACAAGGAGUUCCAGAGGACAUGAAGGGAAAAGACAAGAUUGUUUUUGGGAAUAUACACCAGAUCUUUGACUGGCACAAAGACUAUUUUUUAGGUGAGCUUCAAAAGUGCCUUGAGGAUCCAAAUAGAUUAGCAUAUCUCUUCAUCAAGCAUGAGCGCCGGCUGCACAUGUAUGUGGUGUACUGUCAGAACAAACCCAAGUCUGAGCACAUUGUAUCGGAGUAUAUUGACACCUACUUUGAGGAGUUGAGACAACAGCUGUCGCACCGCCUCCAACUCAAUGACCUGCUUAUCAAGCCAGUGCAGAGGAUAAUGAAGUAUCAGUUGCUGCUAAAAGACUUUCUCAAAUAUUACAGCAAAGCUGGACAAGAUACAACAGAACUGGAGAAAGCAGUGGAAGUUAUGUGUUUCGUGCCCAAGCGCUGCAAUGACAUGAUGAAUCUAGGCAGGCUGCAGGGAUUUGAGGGAAAAAUUACAGCUCAGGGGAAGCUUCUGCAACAAGACACAUUUUUGGUGGUCGAGCAGGAGAGCAGCUUUCUGACACGCUGCAAAGAACGUAGGAUCUUCCUCUUUGAACAAAUAAUCAUCUUUAGUGAACCGAUUGAUAAAAAGAAAGGUUUCUCCUUGCCUGGAUACAUCUUCAAAAAUAGCAUUAAGAUUAGUUGCCUCGGCAUUGAAGAAUCUGUGGAUAAUGAUCCCUGUCGGUUUGCCCUGACUUCACGAGGUACAGAUAGGAGCUUGGUCCGUUACAUACUGCAGGCCUCGGCACAAGAGAUCAGGUUGGCUUGGAUAAGAGAUAUCGGACUGAUCUUGGAUAGUCAGAGGAACUUUCUCAAUGCUCUUCAGUCUCCUAUUGAAUACCAACGCAGAGAAAGCAAAUCCAGUAGUCUGGGCCGAAACAGUAACCUCCACAUUAUGGAAACUUCCCAUGGAGCGUUAAGGCCCCAUUCUUCUGCUUCUAUGGACAGGAACAAAGUUCCCAACCUCAAGUCAUAUAAUUCUUCCCUGCCUUCCCUUUAUUUGCCAAGCAAUCCUCGACAAGACAGUAGACAGUUUGGGAACAAGAAGGUGCAUCCAGCUCGGAAAGGUUCUCAUUCAGAUGUUCUCCCUUCACCGGCAAUCCUUUCGCCAACGCAUAUCAGCCUUGACUUCCAUCAUCCAGGGUCCUCUUCACCUACAGUGUCCAAUGGAACCUCACAAAGUGACUCCACCAGCCGGAAACCAAGCAUAUCAGAACGAGAACUACCUGGCUAUGCAUCGUCUCCUGAGGAUUUUGGUGUUCCUACUCCCAGGUUGGCCAAGCUGGAUGAAGAUGAACUGUGAGCUUUGCCCCCUUGUUCAGGAUUUGCCAGUAUAUCAGUUCCUGGAGCAAAGACUUUGGUCUAUGACCACUUGAGGAGUCAGAAAAUACACUUUUUAUUUGGCACAUGUCACAUGCCACUCAGCUUUUUACAUGAAACAAAAACAUCUGGUGAAAGAGUGUGAAGUCUGCUCGUCGGGAAGCAAUGUUAAUACGAGAACAUUCUUAUAUAUCCUAUAAACUCCCACUGCUGCAUGGGGAAAUUGACGACACUUUGUGUUUGUUCAUUCAUAUUUGGAGUCCUAACUGUACAGUAACUGUAUGAAACAAUGCUUUAAAUUGCCAAACAUGGCAGUUGUUAAGUCACUCUAUAAGGAUAUUUUUUUUUAAAUAUGUAUACAUAGUGUAUCUAUAAAUUCCCAGUUCCCUGGAUAGUAGAGAUCAAGACUUGAUGGUGUCAACACAAUGCAAAACAUCUUGUCUACUUCCAGAACUAUGGAAUCACUUGGGUCCUGAAAUUGCUUUGUCUGUGUGAUCAAAGCUUUCUGUGAUUUUCAUUUUUAAAUGCUCAGUGGUGCAUUACAAUAAUGGGCACUAAAAAAACAAGAAAACAAAUAAAUAUGUGAAGCUCCAGGACACAAGAAGGAACAAGACGAGCAGAGCUAAAGUGACACUUGUACAUUGCAGUGCUUAUAAAUGAUACCAAAUGCUUGCUAAUAUAAACACUCCACCCUGAUGGACCAAUGCAACCACUGUUACCAAUAUGGGGAGGGAUGUUGUACCCAGAGAGUUUUAUAUAGUGCCCAUGUUGCAUAUAGCUAAGCCAAUGAAAAAGCAGUCAGAAGUCUUGCAUGAAAACACUAUUUUGAUGGACACCAAAAUGAAUUUAUGGGCUUAACAGUUUUGUAUUGGUUUGAUGGAUUCUGAAUGACGUGUAUAGGAGAACAGUAGUAACUAUGGCUCACAGUUCAAGGUAGCAACAUUCUUGUUACAUUGAUCACAAGGGUUUGCUGGGCUCCCACUACACCGAAUGGAGUCAAGUUGGAUCCCAUUUUUCUAGAUUUCAAUAUAGAUCCUCCCCAACACAAGCAUAUUUUCACAAAUAAUUAUAAAGGUUGUGUGCUCUUUAAUCUUUCUGUCUUCAUUGUAAAGUAUGGUAAGAUAUAUACAACGCAUGGCUGCCCCUUUCAAGGUUUUGUCAUGAGACCUAUAGAUUGCGAAGAAAAAUUAUUUCAUAUUUAAGUUUGCUGAUGAGUUCAUGAUGUUUUUAAGAUUUUGGAUCUGGGAUAUCAGAUGCUUUCCAAAGUCUUGCCAACCUGUGUACAUACAAUAUUUGAGGAAUUAUGACAACAUCUCUUUCUGAUGUUGGCCAGGAAAAGCUGGCAAAGUGGCUAUAAGUUAGCGUCCAUAUAAGAAUGCGUGUGCCCAUGAUGAAUAGGGAAGGGGACAUGAGCACCAGAUACACAUGAUAUCUUCUACCCACUUACAUGCAUUUUGUCAAAAGUAGGUAAUAUGUAAUUAAUGUAAAUGUAAAAGGAAAUUAUUUAAGUGGAUAUUACUGUUCUGUUCAUAGCAAGAGAUGCCCAUAUUUUUCAGAUGUUGAAUUUUUCAUCUUCGAUCUUGUUUUGUACCCAAUAUAAAGAAGCCGGGAUAUUGCUCAGCCUUAUGAAGUGAUAUGAUGUACAUACAAAUAAAAUCCCUGGAAAACUUAAAGAGGUAGUUUACCUUUUAAUAUGUUAUUGAUUCUUAGCAACCUUUCAUUUUGUCUUCAUUAUUUCAAGUUUUCAAUUAUUUUUAUC